AUGUUACAAACACACCACAGAAGCAGUAUUAGCCAACAUUCGCGAUCUGUGAGUCAGUUCAUGAACGAAGCAGAUGAGCUAUCAGACGCGGAACUAGUGAAGCAAGUCAACGAUAUCAAGCAGCAAAUACGAGUUCUCGCACUCGAAAACGAAAUAUUCGAGAAGACGAUAAUGAGACUCGAUCCAACGUUGAUGCACGGGAUACAGCAAGCGCUCGAGUUCGCUGCGAAAAUGCAGAGUGGCUCAUCACUAAACAUAAACAGCUUCGUCAAGUCGACGUCGAAACUCGGCAUGGAGUCUGUCACGAGUCCGUCAAGAAUGCUCACAAGUCCCUCAAAAGUUUCAGCGCGGCGCGUCGAUUCAUCAGCCAAGUUCAGUGGAACGGUCACCAUUGGUACAGGACCGAGGAUCAACGUCCUAGAAAGAUCCGAGCUGGUGUCAGUCGAGAUGGAAAUUCUUAUCAACACUCUAGAAAGAGCUAGAUACAAGGCGGCGAAGCAACACGCCUUACUAAAAGCACAAUUAGAAGAAAUCGAUCUUCGUGAAGUGGAAAUAAAGAAAGCGUGUGAGAUGUUUGAAAAGGAGGUCAUCAUUGACGGUUGGGAUAAAAUAGCUCAGAGGAUCCCCGCGGAGAUCUGGAUUCGAUUCAUGACGGAAUGGGUGAAGAUUAUCGAUGCGCAGAUUGGGAAGCUAAGACUACGGACCAGUACUUUAAACACGCAAUAUAGUAAGCUCAAAGGCCAGAUACGCGUGAAGGCUGAACUGAGCGAGAGCCUUCGUCCUGUGGACUUUGACAAGCUGAAGAUAGAAAAUAACGAAUGCGCAGAAAUCAUAGAUACGAAGAUAGUACAGCUGGCUGAAUUAAAAAAGAUGACUGGCGAUGCUAAUCUAAACUUAACAAUCCAUAAGAAACUAAUGAUGGAACAGAAUAGCUAUCUAACAAAUGUACUUAAGACGAUCAAACUAAAACAAAAACAGACCAAGGAGUUGGAUAAAGAGAGAGAUGUUAUCCGGGUUCAAGCUGAUAGUCUAGCUCAGAGGUUGGAUGAUGUUAAGAAGGUUAGACUGGCUUAUGAGGUACCAGAUGUUAUGGACUACGUGAAUAUAAAGUCGGAGGUGACGGAUUUGAAGAACAGCAUCAAAGUGCUGGAGAACAGAGUGCAUAUACAGCAGAUAGCGCUCGCGUCCCUGAACAGGAAAUUGACUUUGAUGUUAAUGAGUUAG